CCGGUUCACAAAACCCUUCCCGAGUUCUCCUAUAAAUAUAGGCCGGGCGGUCCACGGUCCAUCUCCCUCGCAUUUUCUCCUCUCCAGUUCUCAGCGGGGGUGCAGGGGGCAACAACAACAGUCUCUCUCUCUCUCUCUCUGCUGUACGUACAACAUAUCUGAUUCUACAAAUCAGAAAAUGGAGGCUCUCCGCUUUGCACCCGCGCAAUCUCCGCUCCCUCGCGCCGUUUUUUCGCCGGGAAAAGGCGCCGCCGCCAAUGCCGGCCCCGCGGCCGUCCGGAGCCGGUGCCGGAAGCCGUCGAUUCGCGCCGCGGUGUCAUUCGAGAGGAUUCCGGCGGCUUCAGUGGCGGAUCCUCCUGUUCCUCCUCCUAUGGUGGCGGAGAAGCCUCUUCCGAGGGUCUCCCCUGGAUCGCUGCAGUGCGAGAGCGGGUUUCUGGUGCCCAAUGAAAAAUCGGGCAGUGGGGCGGUCGGGAAAGGCAUGCUGAGCGCCAUGGAGUAUCUGACGAAUAUUCUGUCGUCCAAGGUGUACGACGUUGCGGUGGAGUCACCUUUGCAGCUGGCGGCCAAGCUGUCGGAGAGGUGGGGUGUCAAUGUCUGGCUCAAGAGAGAGGAUUUUCAGCCCGUUUUCUCGUUCAAGCUUCGAGGGGCUUACAAUAUGAUGGCAAAACUCCCAAGAGAACAGCUUGAAAGAGGAGUAAUAUGUUCAUCAGCUGGAAACCAUGCACAAGGCGUGGCAUUAUCCGCUCAGAAACUAGGCUGCAAUGCUGUGAUUGUUAUGCCUGUCACUACACCUGAAAUAAAGUGGAGGUCGGUUGAAAGAUUAGGGGCAACUGUUGUACUGUUUGGAGACUCGUACGAUGAAGCCCAGUUCUAUGCGAAAAAACGGGCCGAAGAGGAGGGCCGAACAUUUAUCCCUCCUUUUGACCAUCCGGAUGUUAUCACGGGCCAAGGGACUGUGGGGAUGGAGAUUGUGAGGCAGAUGAAAGGCCCAAUAGAAGCCAUAUUCGUGCCUGUGGGUGGUGGUGGGCUAAUAGCCGGGAUUGCUGCGUAUGUGAAAAGGGUCUCCCCAGAAGUGAAAAUAAUUGGGGUCGAACCUUUUGAUGCAAAUGCAAUGGCCUUGUCACUGAAAAAUGGCCAGCGAGUGAUGCUUGAUCAAGUGGGAGGCUUUGCUGAUGGUGUGGCAGUCAAGGUGGUGGGUGAAGAGACCUUUCGCCUUUGUAGGGAGCUGAUAGACGGUGUGGUUCUAGUUAGCCGUGAUGCAAUUUGUGCAUCGAUAAAGGACAUGUUUGAGGAAAAGAGGAGUAUUUUAGAACCAGCAGGUGCCCUUGCCCUGGCUGGCGCUGAAGCUUACUGCAAGUACUAUGGACUUAAGGAUGCAAAUGUUGUAGCUCUGACCAGUGGAGCUAACAUGAAUUUCGAUAGAUUGAGAUUGGUAACUGAGCUUGCAGAUGUUGGUAGAAGAAGAGAAGCUGUAUUGGCUACUUAUAUGCCCGAGGAACCUGGAAGCUUCAAGCAAUUCUGUGAGCUGUUGCGGCCUAUUAAUAUUACUGAAUUCAGAUACAGAUUUCAUUCGGACAAAGAAAAAGCUCUAGUACUAUGCAGGCGAGUAUUUCAUCUCAUUGUGGGUCUUCACACUGAAGAAGAACUUGAUGCUAUGGUCGAAAAACUGAAGUCAUCUCAGCUACAUACGAUCAAUCUUACAGAAAAUGACCUGGUCAAAGAUCAUUUGCGACAUUUGUUCUGUCAUUUAUACGAGAUUGUGUAUAGUUGUCUGAGAAAUAUUGCAGCUGGUCAUGAUAUUUCCACAUAUCAGAUGGGUGGCCGAUCGAAUGUUGAAAAUGAGCUUCUGUGCCGUUUUAUUUUUCCCGAGCGGCCGGGUGCCUUGAUGAAUUUCCUUAACGCUUUCAGUCCACGUUGGAAUAUAAGUUUAUUCCAUUAUAGGGGACAGGGAGAAACUGGGGCAAAUAUCUUGGUCGGAAUUCAAGUGCCCGGUUAUGAGAUGAGCGAGUUCAGGGAUCGUGCAGAUAAUCUCGGUUAUGAAUAUGAACUCGAGACUGGAAACGAAGCUUUUCAGCUUUUAAUGCGGUGACGAAAAGGCCGAAAUUUUCUUUGUGUGAAGCUUUCUUGUGAUCAUAUGCAUACAGGAAGAUUGUAUGUAUCCUAGUAAUGAGAGGAUUAACUUUGGUGUUAGUUCUUUGUGUCUGUAAUGUAUUUCUAUUUAGUUUCUUCAAGUUCUCUGUUGUAUGACAAAGAUGGACAGAGAUUUGCUGUUUGACUCAAACUUGUCAUGGGGAAUUUUUAAAUUCACCCAAUAAAAUUGGCUGUUUUUAAUAAUUAUCUGCUUCAAGAACAG